AUGAUACUUUACUCCAGUACUCUGGCUUUCGCCCUCUCAGCGACCGUCUCCUGGGCAAGUCAAGUAUGUUCACCUGAACAUUGCCUCGAUGGCAUAAGCUCUUCUCAAAUUCUGGCGUACGACUCGUCUUCUUCCAAAUAUCUUACACCAGGAACAUACUCCGAUUCUUCUCUCUCUCCAUCCUCCUCCUCACUCAACAUUACUAGAUCCUCCGACACGUUGACCGUAUCAAUUCCGUCUACCUCGUUGGGAUUUUCCAAGACCAUAUAUAGAGGAUCAGAGGAUGUAUGGGAUAAUGGGGAUUGGUCAUUAGAUGAUUGGAAGAGCAUCUACCUACCUUCGGAUUGGUACGCGAUACUGGAAGGAGGAAAAGUGGUAUGGGGUGCUAUACCCGACAAAGGACAACUACCAAUCGAUGUGACACGACUGAAACUGGUCAAAGCCGCUUCAUCGGUCUGUGAUCCCCCCUGUUCCUCUCACGGGGUAUGUAAACCAUCCAACACCUCUUCGACAGGUACAUGUCAGUGUGCUGCUGGAUGGGCAGGAUCAUCGUGCGAUCAGUGCGCCACUGGAUUCUGGGGCCCUUCCUGUUCUCCUGGACCAUCGAAUUGUACAAUAUGGGAUGACGGUCUAUCUGGUACAGGAAAGUGUCUGGGUACGGCUUCGUCAUCCUCGCUAGCUUGUAAUUGCGAUCACGGAACAUGCACCUCGUCGAAUCAGUGUAUCUGUUCAGCGGGUUGGCAGACCAAUUCAACGGUAUCUUUAGCACUGUGCAACACCUGCGCAGAAGGGUUCUUCCGAGAUUCGGAGGGGAACUGCCUCGCUUGUCCACUCGGAUGCGAUACAUGCACCCUUCAGCAAGGCGCAAAUUCGACUGCAACCUGCACAUCCUGCUCCUACAGCUUAUCCCUCACUACUGCAAAUCCAGCAACUUGCGCAUCAACCAUUGGAUCUUGCGCGGAUGGCACUUACUAUGAUGCGUCCAGCGCGUCCUGCAAAAGCUGUUCGCCCGCAUGUUCCACUUGCACCGGUCCCUCGACAUCGGAUUGUCUGUCUUGUGCAUCUCCCAGAAUGAAUCUUCAAGGUUCCUGUGUAUAUUACGAUGCCUCGACGGGUAUAUGCGAUUCAGCGCUUUCGACUUUGCAGGGUGUCUACGUGGUCAACCUGGACAAGAGCGAAUGUGAUGCUUGUCCCUCUGGCUGUCUUGAAUGUCAUAUUCCGUCCUUCUCUAAUAUCAAGGGAUACGAUACCUUACAAUGCUCGUCUUGUCAAGAAGGAUAUCUACUGGAAGAUGGAAAGUGCGUCAGGAAAUGUAAUGAUGGUUGGUUCCUGCCUGAGGGAAGCGCAGCUAAGAACGGGACAUGCCAAAAAUGCGACUCAACUUGUUCGACGUGCGUUUCCAGGUCCACAACCUGUACUUCCUGCCCUUCUCCAUUAUACGCUUCGGGGGGUACCUGUCUAUCUACCUGUCCAUCUUCGACAACUCCCCUGAACGGGACUUGUGUACCGUGUCCUGUAGAUUGUACGACCUGUUCGACUUCUACGGAAUGCUCGACUUGCCCUUCGGAUCGACCCGUCACGCGUAAUGGAAGAUGUGUAGACCACUGCUCGAAGGACGAGUACCACGACUCAUCAAGAGGAUGUCAAGCUUGCGAUUGGAGAUGCUCAUCAUGUUCUGCAGGUGAUUCCAACUCAUGCACCUCAUGCGCUGAUGGGUACAUCCUUAAGAAAGGUGAAUGUGUAGCUGCUGGCUGUAACGAAGGAGCUUUUGCUAGUGGAUUAGGUGUAUGUCUAAGUGAAUUGGUGGAUAAGUCCAGUAAAUCAAGAUUGUUUUGGUUAUUCUUCUUGAUCAUCCUAUUGCUAGGCGGAGGUAUAGGAGGAUUUUGGUGGUAUGUUAGACGCAAACGACAGAAGACUAGGAAAGCUACAAAGGAAUUCGGAGAUAAGUUAGAUGAGAGGACUGUUCAAGAUAAUUUAAGGGUAUUAAGAUUAGAAAGAGUAUUGGGAUUACAAAGAAUCUUAACUUCGGAUGAACCAAGACAACAAGCAAAAGGAUACGAAGAGAAAAAGAAUAAGAGAUUUAGAGAAUUACUGUUACCUUCCAAAAGAAGGCGAACGGAUGUGGAGAAAGAUAUAGAAUUGAAAUCUGCCAAUUUCGCUUCGGAUCGAAUGACCUAUGGUUAUGGUGUACCUCCUCCUCCUUAUGUUCCUUCCAAAUCCUCUUCUCCUGCAGCUACAAUUACGAAGGGGUGUACGAAAAGGGAUUUAUUAGAUUCAAUACCUACUUCGAUAUUACCUUCUUUCGUAUCACCCACUAAACCGACUUUCGACUCCUCUUCAUCUUCAUCUUUAGGAGUUAGACCGAAGAUAGAAAGGAAAGAGAGUAACGGUAAUACAACUAUUCACUCGAUGUCAUCUCCUAUCUCACCAGAUUAUCAAACUUCCCUUAUGCCUCCUCCGCGUCCUGGGAUGAUACGAAUUAACACACAAGAAAGAGAACGAGAAGUGAACAGAAGCAGACGAGGUGACAUGCAGAUCCUUCAUGGGGAAGAAGAUGAUGAUGUAGAAUUUGAGAGGAGAUUAAGGGAUUUAUGGUCUAAUUUGAAAACAAGAGAACAAGAAGGGUGGAUAUGA